CUCGCUAACGGACUCCACUCCUGGUUCCAGUUCUCUAACACCUCUCGUCUCCUCUCCUGAAGCCUCUCAGCAGUUAUGCAGUCCAGCUACAGCAUCAGCAGCGGGCCAGCGAUGAAGUCCCGGCAGAGCUACAGCUACUCAACCAGAACCGCUCCGAGGGCUCAGAGCUUGUCCGGUCUGAGCUUUGGGGGUCCUCGCAUCUCUUCUGCCACAAUGCGCACCGUCUCCUCCGGGUUUGGCGGCGGCUACGGAUCCGGAGCGGGCACCUUCGACCUGUCCCACGCUUUGGACCAGAACAGCGUUCAACUGAACGAGAAGGCCACCAUGCAAAACCUGAACGACCGUCUGGCCUCCUACCUGGAGAAAGUGCGCUCCCUUGAGGCUGCCAACGCUAAGUUGGAGAAGCAGAUCAGAGAGUACUACGAGCAGAAGGGCCCUGCAGCUGAGAGGGACUACAGCAACUACUGGGCCAUCAUCAACGACCUGAAGGACAAGAUCAUGGCCGCCACCAUCGGCAACGCAAACAUCCUCCUCCAGAUUGACAACUCCAAACUGGCUGCCGAUGACUUCAGAACUAAAUUCGAACACGAGCUGAUGAUGCGCCAGUCUGUUGAGGCCGACAUCGCCAACCUACGCCGCCUGCUUGACCAGACCACUCUGACCAAAGCGGACCUGGAGAUGCAGAUCGAAGGCCUGCAAGAUGAGCUGGCUUACCUCAAGAAGAACCACGCCGAGGAACUGGCGGCAAUGCGAUCACAGCUCUCUGGCAACGUCAAUGUGGAGGUUGACGCCGCACCCCAGCAGGACCUCAGCAGAAUCAUGGAGGAGAUGCGCGCCCAGUACGAAGCCAUCACCGACAAACACCGCCGCGACCAGGAGGCUUGGUUUAACGAGAAGUCGGCUGCCCUGUCUAAGGAAGUGACCGUCAGCACAGAGAUCAUCCAGACGACCAAGACAGAGGUCGGGGACUUGAGACGCACGCUGCAGGGUCUGGAGAUCGAGCUGCAGUCUCAGCUCAGUAUGAAAGGGGCGCUGGAGAACACGUUGGGGGAGACGGAGUCUCGCUACAGCGCAAUGCUUGCCAACUUCCAGACCACCAUCAACAUGCUGGAGGGGGAACUAGCCAACGUGCGCGCCAGCAUUGAGCAGCAGGGCCAGGACUACAGGAUGUUGCUGGACAUCAAGACCAGACUGGAGCAGGAGAUUGCGACCUACAGGAGCUUGCUGGAUACCGAAGAGUCCAGGCCAAUUGUCUCAGGGAGCACUAAGACCACAGUCACAAAAACCACCGUGCGCACUUCCAGCUAAAGGGUCCAGUGGACAGGACAGCACACACAUGCAAACACACACACUGAGUAAUAAAAGCUGUUACACCAAAUAAGCAAAGUGGGAAAACACGAGAGAGGAGAUGAAAGUUGUUUGAUAAGGAGAGGAGAGGAAAAUGGACAGGUCACUAUAGUAAGUUACUUUUAUUAAAAAUACCCUGACUAUGAAGUAAAGGUCUUUACCUCCCAUACUACUGCUGCCUUAAAAACACACCAACCUCCACAACACAAAGAAGCACAUUUUAAACAUACACGCGAGUUUGAAAAGUCGGAAAUGUAAGACAGGUCCCCUUUGGGUUUGUAAAACCGCUCCGAAAAAAAAGUUUUUAUGUGUGUGUGUUUGCAUGUCUGGAAAAAAAAAAUAAACCAGCAUGAAAAAAGUGGUGUCCUUUUUUUUUUAAUCUUUUCGCCAUGACAUGGCUGUGUUUGAGCGGUUGUCACGGCGACGGAGUACCAUUUUUGGGUGAUGGAAAUGUGUGUUACGUAAGGGCGGUGUCGAGACGGGGAGAAAAUGCAAGUAUAAGAUAAACAAGGCAAACGACCCCACGGUUUACACUGAGGUUCUUUAACCAGACACGCCUAAAUGGAUGACUAAUCUUUGCCUUUGAGGCUGUCAAAACUCUUACUUGUGUUGCCGAGCAACAAGUACAUGCAUACUCCCUAUAUGGACAUAAGCAAAGCAAACACUGACAAACUGGUCAAACACACACAAUAUUGCUACUGGACUUUGGACCUGUACAGUGCAUGGGUGCAGUAAUGAGGCCUUCACUUUUUUCCAGCAACAGUGUUGUGUUUGCUUUGGACACACACACACACACACACACACGCGAGCACACACGCACGCACGCACACACACACACACACACACACACACACACACACACACACACACUUGUACUCUUGAGACCUCCAAAAAUGCCUACUUUUUCAGGACCACCCUUUCUAGAUAUGUAAACAUUUGCAUCUACAACAUUAAUAUUAUAUAUAUAUAUAUAUAUAUAUAUAUAUAUAUAUAUAUAUAUAUAUAUAUAUAUAUAUAUAUAUACAUAUAUAUAUAUAUACAUACAUAUAUAUAUAUAUAUAUAUAUCCAUCCAUCCAUCCAUUUUCUACCGCUUAUUCCCUUUCGGGGUCGCGGGGGGCGCUGGCGCCCAUCUCAGCUACAAUCGGGCGGAAGGCUAAUAUAUGUAUACAUAUAUAUAUAUAUAUAUAUAUAUAUAUAUAUAUAUAUAUAUAUAUAUAUAUAUUCUAUGCAAAUAUAAAAAAAUACUCUUUUAGUAAAUGUAUUUUUUGUUUUGAAUUGAAUUUUAAUCCUCAUUAUUUACUUAGAGUCUCUUUAUAAAUAUUUUUUUUAUUAACUUUGGCCAAAGGUGGCACAUUUCAAUUUCUUACACACACUUGUUAUUUCAUAUGUUGACCAGAAGGGGAGCACUUUUAACACAGUCAAUUUGAAAAAUCGCUUCUUUUUGGGACCACCCGAUUUUUGAUAGAUUUCACCACCAAGGGUGCAAAUGAGAUCUCUAGUUUUUGUUUUUUGUAAUGUGCUUAAGGCCGGCGACAAACGAGUCACAGACCACGGAUGGUCCCUGUGCCGCACUUUGGACAACCCAGCUGUAAAAGCUAACUGUUUCCGCCUUUGCACUUGUCAAUGUUUUCUUUUGUAUAUACAUUAAAUCAACCAAAAAAUCCUGACUUUGGAGCAAUGUUCACAGACUCUGAUAUUUAGCUCUCUAUUAGAUGCAAUGGUUUUCCGUAUUGGGACUGUGAUUUGGGUCCUAACUUUUUCACCGGUCCUAAUAUGGAAGGAAUUUUUCCUCGUUGAUGUCUCAAGAAGGGUAGAAAUACAAGAACACACACACACGCAAGCACGCACACACACACGCACACACACACACACACACGCACACACACACACAUUCUUGUUACCUUCUUGAGACCUCAGAAAAAUGCCUACCUCUUUUGGACCGCCCCUUCUAGAUAUAUAAAGAUGUGUAUCUACAACAUUAAUAAUAAAUAUAUUCUAUGCAAAUAUAAAAAAA